ACAGAGGUCAGGCUUAGCUUUCAAGAUGGCGUCCUUCAUGGCGCUGGUAUCCGGCUGUGGGCGGCUGCUCCGAGGGCUCCUGGCGGUCCCAGUCACGACCAGCUGCCCUCGGGUCCCAGCUCGGGGAUUCAGGGAAGUGGUGGAGAUCCAAGAAGGGAAGACAACUAUAAUUGAAGGCCGUAUCAUAGAGACUCCAAAGGAGAGUCCGCAUCCCCCCAACCCCUCAGGCCAGUGUCCCAUCUGCCGUUGGAACCUGAAGCACAAGUAUACCUAUGAGGAUGUUCUGCUACUAAGCCAGUUCAUCCGGCCUCAUGGAGGCAUGCUGCCCCGAAAAAUCACAGGCUUAUGCCAGGAAGAACACCGCAAGAUUGAGGAGUGUGUGAAGAUGGCCCACCGAGCAGGUCUACUCCCAAAUCACAGGCCUCGGCUUCCUGAAGGAUUUGUUCCAAAGAGCAAACCCCAACUCAACCGUUACCUGACCCGCUGGUCUCCCCACUCCGUCAAGCCCAUCUACAAAAAAGGUGCCCGCUGGAACAAGGUGGGCAUGGCUGUGGGGUCACCACUCCUAAAGGACAACAUCUGCUACUCAAGAACGCCUUUGAAAUUCUAUCAUUGACUGAGACCUGGGCAGAGCACCUCCUGCACAUCUGCUGGGGAGCAGCAGCAGGCCAGCUUGGGAGCCCCUCAGCUGUCCUUCUGCCCUCCACCAUAGGAUGGCCUGGCCAGCCAGCACAAAUGCACAAGGGAUAGUACUUUAGUGCUCUUGCUGCCAGCAACAGUGCUGGGAGCUAGGGGCAGGCAAGCUGGGUCCUUUGGCAGUUGCUGUGAUUUUAUGACUGGCUUGGGUGAUGGUCAGUGCUGGGGCACAGGAGUUUUGCCAGAAGGAAUGUCAUAAACCCGACCACGGACUUAC